CGCUUACAUGUAUUUUCUAUUUUUUUCAGCCAUUGUCUUUGCACGCGGUUCAUGUGUGAACCUGGCCACAAAGAAAGCAAUGGCGUGUACGUCACAACUUGAUAUUGGUGGCAUCUUUGCAGGGAGUUCCCCAAAUAAACCUAUAGGUCAGGGAAACAUUGACAGGCUGGUACAAGCAUGUAGAAACGGAGAUCUGCUAACUGCUAUCGGCUGUCUAGAGAUGGCUGUUGACGAGUGUCGGGACAAUAGGUCAGAUUCUACAUUAGUAUUCAAGAAGAUGAUUGAUACUAAGAAAGCUAGAACAAGUAUAGAUUACUUUUGUUAUAAUAUACGAGUGUAUAACUCUAGCGUCGAGUGUAUAGAACUGCAUCAUAGAGAGCAAGACGUCUGUGCUCAAGAUGCAAAGAGCAGCUACUACCUACAAUCGAGUUCCGCUGGCGAUGUGGACUCCUUACUGUUGUUUCAUUGUCAAUUCUAUGAGGCUUUAAUGACGUGUGUACAGAACGUGCUGCAAGUGAAGUGCUCACAAGAAGCAGCAAACCUUGUCAGGACAGUCAUGGAAGGUUUCAAGCCCCCUGUCUGUUCUGAGAAGGCAACAACCGUCAGUGUCGUGAAAACAGACGAUAAUGGCGAUAGUGACACAGCCGGAAGUUGUUGCUAUAGACCAUCAACACACAACAGCUUGAUGAUCCUGUUCAUCGCUAUGUUAUUAUUUCUAUGUUAA